ACAUGAGCUACUCUGACGGCCGGUCACAAGUUGGUGAAGCACACGCCCUUCACACACACACUGCUGCCUCAGGCGCUGCAUCACUAAACUUCAGCGGGACUGGGACUGAGUAGCAUGCGCACAUAACAGCCACAGCCAUGCAGAACCACCAGAAAGAACGUCUGUACAAAAUCCUGGUUAUCGGAGAUUUGGGAGUGGGCAAGACGAGCAUCAUUAAGCGCUACGUUCACCAGACCUACUCAACAAACUACAGAGCCACCAUAGGAGUGGACUUCGCUCUCAAAGUCCUCAACUGGGACUCAGAAACGGUCCGCUUGCAGCUGUGGGACAUUGCAGGCCAGGAGCGCUUUGGGAACAUGACGCGGGUUUACUAUAGAGAGGCCAUGGGAGCGUUCAUUGUUUUUGAUGUCACCAGGCCUACGACAUUUGAAGCAGUCAGCAAAUGGAAGGAGGAUCUGGACUCAAAGUUGACACUGGCCAAUGGCAAAAGCAUUCCCACUGUGCUGCUGGCCAACAAGUGUGACCAAAGCAGAGACAUUCUGACUAAUAAUGGCCUCAAGAUAGACCAGUUCUGCCAAGAGAAUGGAUUUGCUGGAUGGUUUGAAACCUCAGCCAAGGAAAACAUCAACAUCAACGAAGCUUCAAACUUCCUGGUCAAACACAUCAUCGCCAGCGAGAACGACAUCCUCAAAUCAGUGGUUCCAGACACCAUCUCACCCCAACUGACCCCGACCAAAGAGAUGAGCUGCUCCGGGUGCUUUAAGCCCUAACAGAGAGCAAAAGCAGCCCAGAGAACGUCUGUCUCCAGAACGGAGGACUGCAGGACUGAGGACCUUCUGUUCCCACUCUGUUAUCAUACAGCUGGAGCAGGACAGCAAAGACAAGUGUGUGUGUGUGUGUGUGUGUGUGUGUGUGUGGGGGUGGUUGGUUGGAACAUAAAGAGGAACCCAAUUAUAUAUGAAAAGGUACUUCAGUGAUUUCAGUGUUCUUGGUUAUUUGUGUGUGAUGACAGUUUACACACACUCUCCACUUUAUUAGAAACACCCACCAUCCUCUUCCCCUCACUGGUCAAUUUACAAUGAACAUUAGGUCCAUUGUAAACCUGUAUACAGUUACUGACUACAGUCCAUCUGUUGCCACACACAAUUUGUAGUUUUUGACCACAAGCCUGCUAGUGAUCAGAUAAUGUGUGGGUGGAGGACUAUUCUCAGCACAGCAGUGAUUCUGACAUGGCAGUGUGGUGCUAAUAUGUAGUGUAUCACGUACAGUAGCGUUGCCAGUUUUGUCAUGAUUGUAUGUAUGUCACGAUAUUUAUAUAUCUGGUCACUAUAUAUAUACGUCAGUGUUACUCCAGUGCUGAGAAUGACCCACCACCCAAACAGUACCUGCUCUGUAAGGGUCCAUGGGGGUCCUGACCACUGAAGAACAGGG